UUGGUUUUGUGCUGUUAUCGCAGUUCAAGUUUCAUUAAUAGGUGGGAGUGUUUGAAUACUGGUUGGGUAUGCUUCGGAUGCGUAAGUCCUUCAAAGCAAAGUCUUGCUGUUAAAAAAAAAUUGAGGAAUAGGAUGGUUCAGCAGAAAUUCGAUUAUUUUUUGGUGGUCGAUUUUGAGGCCACUUGUGAAGAAAAUAAAAAAAUUCAACCGGUUCAGGAAAUAAUUGAGUUCCCUGUUUGCCAAAUCGAUGCUCAUUCUCUCGACGAAAUUGACCGAUUUCAUCAGUACGUGAGGCCAACAGAAAAUCAGUUCCUUACGUCCUUCUGUUCUAAUUUGACUGGUAUAGUUCAGGAAACAGUGGACAAAAGCAAUACUUUACCCUUGGUUUUGGAAGAUUUUGAUAAGUGGCUUUUUUCGCGUGGUUUGUUAAAUUCAGAUGGCACAAACUCUCGCUCGUGGAUAAUGGUCACGUGCGGUGAUUGGGAUCUUGGUGUACAGUUACCGCAGGAAGCUGAAUAUCGAGGACUAAAUGAGUGGAUCAAUAUGAAGAAAGCGUUCUCUGAGGCUUUGGGUCAUUACCCAAAUUCUUUGUCUACAAUGCUUCAAGAUUUAGGCAUAGAACCUGUGGUAUGUGUUAGUUUUCCGCUUUUUCAGAUUAUUUUUGGUUAG